ACCAGGAAGGGCGAGGGGGCGGGGCUUCGGGUGGUCGCCCGGGUUACCAGGAGGCGGAGCCGCCGAGGCGGAUGUGGCCCGGAUGUCCGGGCGCUGCCGGCGGCUGAUCCCGGAGCUUCUUCCGGGAAACCUGCAAGCGGCCAAUGGCUGUCGAUAUUCAACCAGCAUGCCUUGGACUUUACUGUGGGAAGACCCUAUUAUUUAAAAAUGGCUCAACUGAAAUAUAUGGAGAAUGCGGGGUGUGUCCAAGAGGACAAAGAACAAAUGCACAGAAAUACUGUCAGCCAUGCACAGAGUCUCCAGAACUUUAUGAUUGGCUGUAUCUUGGAUUUAUGGCUAUGCUUCCUCUUGUUUUACAUUGGUUCUUCAUCGAAUGGUACUCGGGAAAAAAGAGUUCCAGUGCACUUUUCCAGCACAUCACGGCAUUAUUCGAAUGCAGUAUGGCAGCUAUCGUCACCUUACUUGUGAGUGAUCCGGUUGGUGUUCUCUAUAUCCGUUCAUGUCGAGUACUGAUGCUUUCUGAUUGGUACACAAUGCUUUACAACCCAAGUCCCGAUUAUGUUACCACAGUGCAUUGUACUCACGAAGCUGUUUACCCGCUAUACACCAUUGUAUUUAUCUAUUAUGCAUUCUGCUUGGUAUUGAUGAUGCUGCUCCGACCCCUUCUGGUAAAGAAGAUUGCCUGUGGGUUAGGAAAGUCUGAUCGAUUUAAAAGUAUUUAUGCUGCACUUUACUUCUUUCCAAUUUUAACUGUGCUUCAGGCAGUUGGCGGAGGCCUUUUAUAUUAUGCCUUCCCAUACAUUAUAUUAGUAUUAUCUUUGGUUACCCUGGCUGUGUACAUGUCAGCUUCUGAAAUAGAGAACUGCUAUGAUCUUCUGGUGAGAAAGAAAAGACUUAUUGUUCUCUUCAGCCACUGGUUACUUCAUGCCUAUGGAAUAAUAUCCAUUUCCAGAGUGGAUAAACUCGAGCAGGAUUUACCCCUUUUGGCUUUGGUACCCACACCAGCUCUUUUUUACUUGUUCACGGCAAAAUUUACCGAGCCUUCACGGAUACUCUCCGAAGGAGCCAAUGGACACUGAAUGUGUAAAAUGCAUUAAUACUCUUCUGUUGUACAUGGAGGUAAGAUUGGGUUUUGUUUUUCUGUUUUUGACUUAACAGACUUUAUGGUUAGACUUGGAAAAUACAAACUGCUGUAGUAGUGUGUUACGUAGUAUAAUACACUGUAUACUUUAGCACUCUGUGACACUAUAAGCAUGUUAGGAAGCACUCGCCUCCAGCAACAAUUUAGUUAUUCUUUAAAGCAAAAUCGUGUUUCUCUAUACUUUGACAAGUAUAAUCUGAAAUCCUUAGCAUUGGCCUAAUUGUGCAUGUCUGUUGUAUUUCAGUUUGUUUUUCAAGUAUAAUGAAUUAUAAGGACAAACAUACCUUGUGGGUCUGAUAGCAAACAUGGAAAUGAAGUAUGUUGUUAUUUAUUUUUACCAAUACAGUAUUUUGAUAAAGAGUAUAAUUUAUAUAACGGGUUUUCUGUUUAUAAGUAGUUUGGUUGAAGACAUCUGAUUGUUUCUGUUAAGAAAAACAAUAAAAUGCUUAACUACAAAAAA